GGAGAGCAGGGGUGGGGUCACCCAGGGCGGUAGAUCUGAGCGGGGGAUACCCCAGGAGAUGGGGGUCAAGGAAAGUCCCCAGGGAGGAGAGAGAGAGGGAGGUUCAUUCCCCUCAUCCCGGACCCGCCCCCCAAAAGGCAAGCUAUCAGGAGCCCACGUUGACGCCCUGACUCUGAAGCUCCUUGGCUUUGUUUUCUCAGACCCAUUAGUCACCUCCCUGGAUCACAGGUUAUAUUAUAACUUAUCCUCUCAUCCUUUUUCCCUGCCCCUUCUCCCCAAAUCAUCAAUAGUAGAAAAAGAAGAAGAAGAAAACAUGUCAGGACACAAAUGCAGUUAUCCCUGGGACUUACAGGAUCGAUAUACUCAAGAUAAGUCUGUAGUAAAUAAGAUGCAGCAGAAAUAUUGGGAAACGAAGCAAGCCUUUAUUAAAGCCACAGGGAAGAAGGAAGAUGAGCAUGUUGUUGCCUCUGAUGCAGACCUGGAUGCCAAGUUAGAGCUGUUUCAUUCAAUUCAGAGAACCUGUUUGGACUUGUCUAAAGCAAUUGUACUCUAUCAAAAGAGAAUAUGUUUCUUAUCUCAAGAAGAAAACGAACUGGGAAAAUUUCUCCGAUCCCAAGGCUUCCAAGACAAAACCAGAGCAGGAAAGAUGAUGCAAGCAACAGGAAAGGCCCUCUGCUUUUCUUCCCAGCAAAGGUUGGCUUUGAGAAAUCCUUUGUGUCGAUUUCACCAAGAAGUGGAGACUUUUCGGCACCGGGCCAUCUCAGACACUUGGCUGACGGUGAAUCGCAUGGAACAGUGCCGGACUGAAUACAGAGGGGCAUUAUUAUGGAUGAAGGAUGUGUCACAGGAGCUUGAUCCAGACCUCUACAAGCAAAUGGAGAAGUUCAGGAAGGUACAAACACAAGUACGCCUUGCCAAAAAAAGCUUUGACAAAUUGAAGAUGGAUGUGUGUCAAAAAGUGGAUCUCCUUGGAGCAAGCAGAUGCAAUCUGUUGUCUCAUAUGCUAGCAACAUACCAGACAACUCUCCUUCAUUUUUGGGAGAAAACUUCUCACACUAUGGCAGCCAUCCACGAGAGCUUCAAAGGUUACCAACCAUAUGAAUUCACUACGUUGAAGAGCUUACAAGACCCUAUGAAAAAGCUGAUUGAGAAAGAAGAAAGGAAGAAGAUCACCCAGCAGGAAAGUGCAGAGGCCACUGUGGAGGAGCCGAGUCAGUUAAUUUCAUUAGAGGAUGAAAAUCAGCGCAAGGAAUCCUCUAGUUUUAAGACUGAAGAUGGAAAAAGUGUUUUAACUGCCUUAGACAAAAGCUCUACACAUAAUGUAUGCUCAGAUGAACUAUUAGGCAUGAAACCCGAGGAAGGUGCUUGCCUGGGCCCAGUGGCAGGGACCCCAGAACCCGAAAGUGCUGACAAAGAUGACCUGCUGCUGUUGAAUGAGAUCUUCAACGCUUCCUCCCUGGACGAGGGUGAGUUCAGCAAAGAGUGGGCUGCUGUGUUUGGAGACGGCCGGCUGAAGGAGCCAGUGCCCACUGUGGCCCCCGGAGAACCAGACCCCAGGCCCCAGGCAGGCUCAGGAUUCCUUCCUUCACAGCUUUUAGACCAAAACAUGAAAGACUUACAGGCCUCACUACAAGGCUGGUCAGAGGGCAAUGUCAAUCCUCCUACUCCAUGGCCAGCACCACAGGCAAGCAGCCCAAAUGACAACAGCCCUGCAAUGAAAGAGCCUGCCAAGGCUGCCUCCUCCGACCUGACUGCCUGGUUCAGCCUUUUUGCUGACCUCGACCCAUUGUCAAAUCCUGAUGCUGUUGGGAAAACGGAUAAAGAACAUGAAUUGCUCAAUGCAUGAGUCUGCAGCCUCACGGAGGGAGCCAUCAUGCCACUCCUCAGCCACACACCUGGGGGUACGCAGAAGUAUGAAGUGAUCAGUAUGCUGUUUUAAUAUUGACGUGCCAUUUUAAUAAAAUGAAAGGGUCAGA